AUGGCGACGCGGGCGGACGUGGAGAAGGGCGGCGUGGUGAGGAAGGAGCCCGGCAAGGUGCCGUCGCCGCUGUACCCGCAGCACGAGGGGGAGCGGGAGUGGGUGCCAUGGAUCGUCCCCGUCUUCUUCGUCGCCAACAUCACCGUCUUCGUCAUCACCAUGUACGCCAACAACUGCCCCGCGCACACGACGCCGCGCGACGGCAAGUGCGUCGCCCGAUUCCUCGGCCGCUUCUCCUUCCAGCCGCUGCGACAGAACCCGCUCCUCGGCCCAUCCUCCGCCACGCUCACCAAGAUGGGGGCCCUGGUUUGGGAGAAGGUGGUGCACCACCACCAGGGCUGGCGCCUCCUCUCCAGCAUGUGGCUCCACGCCGGCGUCCUCCACCUUGUCGCCAACAUGCUCUGCCUCCUCUUCAUCGGCAUGCGCCUCGAACAGCAGUUCGGAUACGUGAGAAUCGGUGCGAUCUACGUCCUGUCCGGCCUAGGCGGCGCCGUGCUGUCGUCGCUCUUCAUCCGGAACCACAUCUCCGUGGGCGCCUCGGGCGCGCUCUUCGGCCUGCUGGGCGCCAUGCUCUCGGAGCUGCUCACCAACUGGACCAUCUACACCAACAAGGCGGCGGCCGUGGCCACGCUCCUGUUCGUCGCCGCCGUCAACCUGGUGCUCGGCAUCCUGCCUCACGUCAACAACUUCGCGCACAUCGGCGGCUUCCUCGCGGGCUUCCUCCUCGGCUUCGUCGUGCUCAUGCGCCCGCACCUCGGGUGGAUGGAGCGCUACAGCCUCCCCGCCGGCGCGCCCUGCACCGCCAGGAAGUACCUCGCCUACCAGUGGACCCUCCUCGCCGUCGCCCUGCUCCUCCUCGUCGUCGGAUUCGCGGUCGGCAUGGCGAUGGUCUUCCGCGGCGCCAACGCCAACGACAGCUGCCACUGGUGUCACUACCUCAGCUGCGUGCCCACCGCCAUAUGGAACUGCACCAACUGA